UCGUGCAGUUCACACACUCUCCUCUGACCUCUCCUCUCCUCUCCUCUCGACCUCUCCCUUCUAUCUAGCCACCGAAGCCAAGACCAAGGAACGGCAUGGCUCAGCUGCUGCACCUGCCGGACCUCGCGGCGGCGCGGCCGCCGGCGCGGAGGAGGAGGGGUGUGGCGGUGGCGGUGGCGGGGGGGCGCGUCAAGCAGGGGGAGGCGGGGCGGGUGAUCAGGGUCGCCGACCCCGUGCGGGAGGGCCGGAUGCCGCCUCCUCUUCUUGCCGCGCCGGCCACGCCGUCGGAGUCUCCGCCGGUCGCGGGGAGGCGCGGGGACGAGGACGACGAGGUGAGGCAGAGGUACUACCUCAACAUGGGGUACGCGAUCCGGACGCUCAGGGAGGAGCUCCCCGAUGUGCUCUACAAGGAGCCCAGCUUUGACAUCUACAGAGAUGACAUUGUCUUCACAGACCCUUUGAAUACAUUCAAGGGCCUGGAAAAUUACAAGACGAUAUUCUGGGCGCUUCGUUUUACUGGCCGGAUCUUCUUCAAGGCAUUGUGGGUUGAUAUAGUUAGUAUAUGGCAGCCUGCUGAGAACAUUAUCAUGAUUCGCUGGAUCGCCCACGGCAUUCCUCGAGUACCUUGGGAUGGGCAUGGCCGCUUCGAUGGUGCUUCUGUGUAUAAACUCGACAAGGAUGGUAAGAUCUACGAGCAUAAGGUCCACAAUGUUGCUAUGAAUCCACCAACGAAGUUCAAGGUCCUACCAGUCCAUGAGCUAAUCAGAUCACUUGGUUGCCCCUCUACUGCAAAACCAACUUAUUUUGAAGCUUCAUCACAAUAUCUGUGCGCUGGGCCAUCUUAUUUGAGAUUAGCUUGGAUAAGAUGCUACAUCUCAUUGUGCCGCAUGCUUUCGCUCGCAAAUCUGGGAGAAGGAUAGCCUGGGUUUAGUGAUACCUCCAAAUUUUGUAUUUUCAGUAUGACAGCACACAUGUUACUAAGUACUAUUGAGUCAUGACAGUUGUAUAUAUGAACACUGAUAGUUUAUAGAAUAAGACCUCUUAGUUAAGGUGUACAACACUUGUUAUUGAUUGUUAUAAGCAUCAGUCAGCAAACUAGUC